AUGGGACCGUGGAAUCUCUGCCCAAGUUUGUCGCUAUGUCCUGCUAUUGCUGUAUCUGUAGAAAAUGUGGAACCUUUGGAUAUGAUUCCAAGUUGCCAUCGAUCAGCUGGUAAAAUGAAAUUCCUCCAGACCUUUUGGAAUAGUCCUAUUGGUCCCAAAACAACUCAUUUCUGGGGUCCUGUUUUCAAAUGGAGCCUCCCUAUUGCAGCGUUUGUAGAUACAAAGAAACCCCCAGAAUUGAUAUCAGGCAGCAUGACUACAGCAAUGUGUGCUUAUUCAGCAGUAUUCAUGAGGUUUGCAUGGAUGGUACAGCCACGUAACUUGCACCUUCUUGUAUGCCAUGUAACAAAUGAGACACUGCAGCUCUAUCAGCUCUCACGUUGGAUGAAGGCUAAUCGGUCCAUACCUCAAGAGGAAGCUAAAGAACAGUGA